CCCAUUUCACUAGUACUAGCACAAAAACCGGCGGCGAUUACUGAACCGGAGUAGAAUUUCUAAACCGGCCGAAGUCUAUUCCCGGCGAUGGUAAUCUCUACACCACCGUCGAGCUCCUCCGCUACCGGCGGAGGUUAUCAGAAUCCUAACAAAUCACUAGGUUUCUUCGCAAACGCAAUGAAGAGGAAGCACAGCUUUAUACAAUUCUUCGCUAUGACGGGAAUUCUUCUUCUGAGUGUGAGAUCGUUAGGGCAGAAGUAUCGUAUACAUGAUUUGCAGGAGGAUAACGCUGCGCUAAAGGAAGAACAAGAAGGACUUGUUAACCGAAUGAAUCAUAUUAAGCAAAGUCUACUUGCUGAAGCUGAUAUUGAGCCUACUGGUGCUUUCGCUUCCCGCCUUCGUCAGCUAUUUGGUGAUGAAAGCUGAAACAUUCAGCCGAAUUUGACUUCAAAAGAGCAUGAUCUUUAAUCUCUGGCAACUGGAUUAAACUUCAAUUAUUUGAAGGCAUCUUUUCCUCUUGACGGGAUGAAGAGUAGUAGAGAUCCAUCUCACUUGUGCCUCUAAGAACCAUUUGAGGGAUUGCAGUAAGCAUUUUUACAUGAAAAUAUGAGGUGGUAUUCACAAGGAAUGUGAAUUCUGGUAUGUCGUUCUAGAAAUGGAGUUGUUCUAUGUUCUACUACAGGGAGAGCGACAAUGAUUCAUAGUGUAUUCGAUCUCAAAGGAGUAUAGCUAAUACUGGCCAGUGCAAUUAUGACACUCCAGUGCAAGUUAUGAAAAUUCAUUUUAGUUAGUUGCAGAUGCAAUGAUAAUUAGUUUGAACUCUUUUAACUUAGUAAACACUUUUUUCACGUAUCACGGAUGUAAGUUCCUAGUUGCAAUAUCAUGUCUGGAAUGCACAUUCAAUUUAGUCAAAUAAAAGCAGAAUCAAAUUAUCCAUCAUCAAUAUCUGCUGUCAUUAUUCAUAAUAUGCAGUUAAUUCUUGGCUUUGA